AUGAACCAAUUAGCUGUUUUGCUUUGCAUCGUUGUGGCGCAAUGUGUAGCGAAGCGAAACGCGACAGAUGUGCCGUUGUUCUGCGAGGAAUACGCCAAUUGUUUGGCAAAAGCCAAUCGGAAAUCGGCCGAAUGUCUUGAGGAGAACACCACUGCGAUCGUGCAGAACAGCAGGAAGCGUUGCGCAGGCGCCGCUGAACUCCAUGCUCAGCUACAAGCGCUCUAUGACGAGAGGAACGCAGAAGUGGAGUCGUGUGUUCGGGAAGAAGCCGAUAACGUCUCAGCAUUCAGCCCACGAAAAAUCGAGAAAUGUAAAAUGGCUCUAAAGAAGUCAAAACGUUCGGCCUCUGCUGAUCCACUGGAGCGUCGAAUGAAACGAAAAGACAGAACAAAGGAGCGGAAAGACAAGCCGAAAAGCUGUGUGAAAGAGGCGAAAAAACAACGCCUGCAAUGCGCAAAGAUUGCCAAGUGUUGCGGUGCUGUAAAGAGCUGCCAAGAUCGUGCUGUACAGAAGAGUGAAAUACUAGCAAAGAAGAAACAAUUGAAGAGGCUUUACGACACCUGCCAUGUCGAACUACGGAAGAAAAAGCUCAGCAAAAAGCAGCCUAAAGAUGGCAAAGUUGUGGAGAACGAUGACGAGACCGACAAAAAAGCCACUAGGUUAUUGAAGAAAAGAAGCCGACUAAACGAGAAACUCGAGGAGUCACAAGAACGGAAGCGUACGGCCCCUAUUCAGACGAAGGUUUUAGAAGAGGUUGGUCAACAUGAACGUGCAGUAAAAGCCGCUAACAAUGAUUACCACGCUUUCAUCCACCGAGAUUUGAUCACGAAGACGGAUUGA